AUGGCGCAGGAUCAAGCUCAGUGCCGUUGCUCGGAACUAGAGCUUCGGAUCAACGUUCUUGAAUCGGCGCUGCAGGACAUUCAAACCAAAUUGACUGGAUUGAUUACCGCGACAAGCGAAACCGCGAAAACCGAGGAAGAGGCGACAGAGGGCGAGACAGCGGUCACACAAGAAACCAGCACUGCCACGACUGAAGGAGAAGCUACGACGACGACAGACCCAGAAGCUCCCGCGAAGCCGGUGCACUUUGUCCAGGUUACAUACGACGACAAUGACGUGCGCGUAGAGAAAGAUGUCGAGGAGGAUGCCGCGACCAAGUCCGACUCUGCCGUGCUCAAGACCAACGGCCGCAAGAUGGUCGUCAAAUUUGACGUAAAAUACAAGGAGACGACCGUCUAUCUCGAGGACCCCGCGCUGCAGGCCCUCAUCAAUGUCGCCACCCGCCAUCUGCGUCCGACGACGGAGGAUGUCUUGGAGUACCUGGGGAGCCCGUUCUGCGAUUUCCUCUACUGCUGGGAUCAGCUUAGUGAUAUCGCCAACCUGAAUGCCGACUCUGCCAUUGUACGGGAGCUGCACGACAAGAUUUCCAAGACGACAGAGACCGAUCAUCCCUUUGGCAAUUACCUGAAGAACCUCUACCUCCUCAAGGACGAGGACAGGCUGCAAGAAACGGUUGCAUGUGUCAAGAAGCUCUUGAGCGUUGUGAAGGAAGCUCCCGUGAUGCAGCCCUACUUUCGCGGAGAAGAUAGCCCGUUCGGAGGGUCCCGCAAGGUUGCUUGGCCGUGGCUCUGGUCCGUGUUUGUGCCCGGCGACCUCGUCGUGUACCGGAACCCGGAAGACCAGACCCAGGAUCAAGUGAUGCUUGUACGAUGGGAGAAUCAGACGGAAUGUAUUCUCGACAUCGACGACUCGAGCAUAUACAAUGUGAAGUGCUGGGCUUAUGAUUGGGACCCGAUUGACCAUGUUUUCAAGCUUGUCGCCAUUGAUGUCCCCAUUGGUUAUUUCCAUUCCACCAAGUCCAUCACUAGUCUCUGCAUCUUCCCUCUGUCCUACUUGGAUCCUCAGGAGCGAGAGGAGCGUAUCAAGACUCUGACCGCCCGAGGAAGGAUCUUCCACGAUAUCUGCACGAAGCCGGAGAGGUUCAACUAUACAGGCCCGAUUCUUCCUAGCCCCCGAGUCUACCACGAUCCUUAUGACUCCCCACCCUUGAGAAAUGAGAACGCGCCGGUAGCAGGCAAGAAUGAAUCCGUCAUGGUAGACUUUGAGGCAUACCUCCAAUCCUGCCCGACACGAUUCUCUCGCAUCCCCAUCGGCGACCUGUCCAUCGCCAGCAUGCAGCCCUACAGCAGCGCCAUCAGCAAGGAAAACGACGCCCUGCAAAAGAACCAGCGCGCCCACUACCACUUGUGCAAGCCCGAAGACGAGGACAACAAGUGGGAGGAAGAGCAGUUCCUGCUCCUCCCCGGCCGCGUGGUAGGCUACCAGCUCAAGGCUAAGAGAUGGUGCGAGCUGCAAGUGGGCGGUCUAGAGAGGAUCCCGCCGGAGAAGCAGCAGAACGACUCGGCAUUCUCGCAGCUGCAGCUCGAGCGGAAGAGCAAGGAUCUGAUCAAGUCGCUGAUCGAGAGCCACAAGACGCGCGCGAGCCGCAGCAGCAGGCGGCAGAUCAUGGCCGACUUUAUCGAGAAUAAGGGUGAUGGCCUCAUCAUUCUGCUUCAUGGCGAGCCCGGCACCGGAAAGACGUUCACAGCCGAGAGUCUGGCCAAGGCGACGGGUCGGGCGCUGUACCCAAUCGGCCCAUCAGAUAUCGGAACGGACCCGCAGUACAUUGAGGGAAAGCUUGAGGAUCAUUUCCGCCUGGCUUCCAAGUGGAAUGCCAUUAUGCUUUUUGAUGAGGCGGACGUUUUCCUCGAGCAGCGUCGCGGCAACGACACCUCUCUCGAUCGCAACGCCGCCGUGUCAAUUCUUCUCCGCGUUCUCGAGUACUACGACGGCAUCCUGAUGCUCACCACCAACCGUAUCCGGGCCAUUGACAACGCCAUCAUCUCCCGCGUUACCCUCGCCGUGCUGUACCAAAAGAUUGACGAGAAGCGCAUCUUCAAGAGCUUCGUCAGCCAAAUCAAGGAUGAUUCGAACCGCAAGAAGCUUGAGAGGUGGCUCGAGGAGGACGAGUGGCAGGAUGACUUUAGCCGGUCGCCGCUGCUUGAUUUGAACGGAAGACAGAUUCGGAAUGUGCUCAUGGCCACGGCGAGCCUUGCGCAAGAUCGGCACGGAGGCAAGAUCCAGAUCUCUGAUUUGCAUAACAUUCUCCAAAUUGUUACGAGGUUCCAGAGGCAGUCUAAGCAGUGGCAGGAUGAGAGCACCAAACGAGCCGGUUUGCUGGAUGCCUAG